UCUCGACUCUGCUCUCCUCUUUCAUCACUUCUCUUUCCUCCCUUUUUCUUUCCUCUCCUCCUUUCCCCCUUUCUUCCUCUCCUCCUUUGCCCCUCCUUUUUAACCUUCUCACUUCAGCUUCUUGUUCCCUCCCUCUUACUCUUUUUCCUCCCUUCGCCAUCCCUCUUUCUUCCUUUCCUCCUUCCCUUGGCUUCUAUUUCCUUCCUUUCUUUCCCCUCCUUCCUCUUUUCCUUUCUUUCCCUCCCGAGCCAAGAAGCUUCACCGUCGCCUAGGUGACCUCAACAGCAGCCAAUAAAAAUAGCAGACAGUGAUCACGUGGCCCAGUGCCCCGCCUCCAACCCUGAUUCUUGGCCUCGGUUCCCAGACAUGUCGGGCGAGAACACCUCCCGGGCCUGGCGGGAAAGGCUGCACAGGCAGACCCCUCCAUUGCCCGCAGGGAAGACGGAGGCGGAUGUGGCGGCCACGGCCCGGCUGAGUGACGCCCCCGCCUCGAAGGAGGAGGAGGAGACGGCCGAGAGCGGGGAGAGCGGCGACAACAGAAGCCGCAGCCCGUCGUAUUUCUCCGGCAGCGACAAUGAUGACCUUGAGGCAGAAUGGUCAGACAGUGUGCAGAAAUAUGGGGAACUUUUUUAUCUAGAGCUGAGUGACAACGAAGAAGAAAGUCUCCUUUCAGAAAUACCAGUUGUGAACCAUGUCAGAUUCAGUGAAAAUGAAAUCAUUUUUGAUGAGGAUUAUCUCCGAGAAGGAAGAAAAUAUGAACCCAGACUCAAAAAGUUUUCCAAAAUUUUGAAAAGUCGAAGACUUUUGCCAAAACGUUACAAGAAAAAGAACAGCAAUGGACCAGUAUCAAUCCUAAAGCAUCAGCCUACUCAGAAAAUGGGCAUCAUCCUUCAGCAACGGUACAAAGAUGUGUCUGUCUUUGUAAACCCCAAAAAUGCAAUGGUCCUGAAAGCAAAAGAGCAUCUCAAGCUUCUGGAAGUGUUGCUGGGUAUUAUUCACCAGACUAAAUGGAAGAAAAGAAUGGAAGGCACCAAACUAGUAGUACACGGCUUACUCCCAGGAGGCCCAGCCAUGAAGAGUGGACAAGUGUUAAUUGGUGAUAUACUUGCUGCUGUAAACGAUGUGGAUGUGACCUCAGAGAACAUAGAGAGAGUUUUAUCUUGCAUUCCAGGCCCUAUGCAGGUGAAACUGACAUUUGAAAUAGCAAACGCCAGGCAAAAAGAAGCCAGUCAGCCCAAAGAGAAGAAGGCCCAAACUACUUCUAAUGACUUAGUCAGACUCCUUUGGGGUGAAGAGGUCCAGGAACUUCAGCAGAACCUCCAAAGCAUCCCUCACAUCAUCAUGUAUCUCACUCUCCAGCUGGACUCUGAGACACUGAAGGAUGAGCAGGAAAUUCUUUACCAUUAUCCAAUGUCUGAAGCAUCUCAGAAACUUAAAAGUGUAAGAGGAAUAUUUCUAACCCUCUGUGACAUGCUGGAAAAUGUAGCUGGAACACUUGUUACCAGCUCAUCACUUUCUUUAAAUGAAAAACUAGUACAUGUGGCUUACUGGAAAGAAGAUGACAAAUUGUUAUUAAUAGGACUUCCUGCUGAAGAAGUUCCUCUUCCUCAGCUAAGGAGUUUGAUAGAAGAUGUUGCCCAAACCUUAAAAUUUAUGUAUGGUUCUUUAAACAGUGCAUUCUGUGAGGCAGAGAAUGUUGCUCGAUUGGAUCAUUUUUUCAACUUGUUCUUCCAAAGAGCAAUUCAGCCUGAAAAGCUUUACUCCAGGACCUGUAUUCAGUCCUAUGAUGCUUCCAGCUCACUAUUCACCGACACUCUGCCUGGUGUUCAAUGGCUCACACUACCACAAGAGACCCAGAUGGAAAUAGACAUGGUAUUAAAUGAUUUGGAGGCAGCAGAUUUUGCAGAACUGUCUGAAGAUUACUACAACAUGAGGCGUCUGUACACAAUAUUGGGGUGUUCUCUGUUUUUUAAGGGCUAUUUGAUUUGCAGCCACUUGCCAAAGGAUGACCUGAUUGACAUCGCCUUGUAUUGUCGACAUUAUUGCCUGCUCCCGUUAGUUUCUGAACAAAGGAUCGGUCACUUAGUCAUAUGGAGAGAAGUGUUCCCACGACACCAUCUUCAACCUGCUUCUGAACCAGAUGCUCAAGUCUUUCAGGAGCCUGAGGGAAGAUAUUUUUUAUUAAUUGUUGGUUUGAAACAUUACUUGUUGUGUGUGCUGCUAGAGGCUGGAGGAUGUGCAUCCAAAGCUGUUGGGCAUCCAGGACCAGACUGCAUUUAUGUGGACCAGGUCAAAGCCACUCUCCUUCAGCUGGAGGGAGUAGAGGCCAGCCUCGAUGAGAGGCUGGCGUCUCCUUCAAACCCCUGUUUGUCUUGUGCAGACUGGUUCCUUCCCUCAUCCCGAGAUAAACUCGAAAGUCUGACCUCCUCCCCUCUCCUCACCAAGCUCCAGUACACCUCUAGGGCCAUCACCUCUCCUUCCAGCAGAAGAAAACUGUUUAGUGACUACUCUCUAAAGACACGUAAGCUCAGUCCUUCCAGAAGCAACGGGGGCUUCGAGAAUGGCAUUGAAGGUGGGGAAGGGGGUGGCUCUAGCCCACACACAACCCCAGAUCCACUGCCCAAGCAGGGAGUGAAGGAAGCUCAGAGUCCUGGAGGUCCACAAGCCAGUAGCACCUUGCUAAAGGUCACUAAAAAGAAAGCUACUCUUCCAAAUCCUUUUCAUUUAGGAAGACAAAAAAAGGAACUUUCAGAAAAAGAAAUGGAACUAUUUGAGGCCACAAAAUUGACAUCUGGCACUGAGAACACACUUUUUCACUAUGUUGCCUUAGAAAAGGUACAAGGAAUCUUCAUUACUCCAACUCAUGAAGAGGUAGCACAGCUCAAUGGUUCUAUCCAUCCUCAACUGAUAAAGAAUUUCCAUCGUUGCUGCCUUUCUAUUCGUGCGAUCUUCCAGCAGUCCUUGAUGUAUGAGAAGAAGAAAGCCCUUAAUUUUGAAGGUAAUUCAGAGUCGCCUCAUGCUGCAUCCUCCCUUAGUCCUGUGAAAGAACAUGGUGUGUUAUUUGAAUGUUCCCCUGAAAACUGGACAGAUCAGAAAAAACCACCUCCAGUAAUGGCUUACUGGGUUGUAGGAAGACUCUUCUUGAAGCCCAAGCCACAAGAACUCUAUGUGUGUUUUCAUGACUCGGUCACUGAAAUUGCCAUUGAACUAGCAUUUAAGCUUUCCUUUGGCUUGGCCACAUGAGGCACUUUUCUUGUCAUCCUGGGAUACCAUGGAGCAUCCAUCAUCAGAAACGCUGAAACCCAUCCUGAGAUUACAGGUCUCUUUAAUGCAUCCUGGAAACAGCUUUAAAUGGUCCCUCUCUCAUUAAAUUCAUCAUACCCUU